AUGAGUGCCUGGGCCUUCCCUGCAGCCCUUCUCCUGCUCGGCCUGACCUCUGAAAGCCUGCAAGGCGGCUACGGCCCCCCCAGUGGUCUAGGAGCAGGAAUUGGAGGGGGCGUGAAGCCUCAGAAGCCAGGACUCAGCGCUGGGAAUGGGCUGGGGGCUGGGGCCUUCCCCGGAGCUGGAGCCCAGCCAGGUCUUGCGGCUCCAAAUGGCUUUGGACCAGGCUUUGGAGGGGGCGGGAAACCCCAGAAGCCAGGCCCCCCGGCUCAGAAUGGCUAUGGAGCAGGUACCGACGGGUUGGGAGAAGCCGGUGUCGGGGUGCUGGAGCUCCGGGGUGGUCCCUCACCUGCUCCCCAUUUUCCUCCAGGCUUUGGAGGGGGUGUGAACACUCAGAAGCCAGGAUUUGGGAAUGGGAACGGCCUGGGAGCUCAGCCAGGCCCUGCAGCUGACAACGGCUAUGGAGCAGGUAGGGGGGCCCUGCCCAGGGAGGCCGCGGCGGCCCGGGGGCCCGCACUCACUCUGUGUUUCUCACCAGGCCUGGUGGCCGGCAUGAAGCCCCAGAAGCCAGGAUUUGGGAACGGCAACGGACUGGGCGUCCAGCCGGGACCUGCAGCUCCCGUCAGCUAUGGCCCAGGUACAGGAGUGGGUGCUGGGGGCAGAUGGUGGGAUCGAGGCUCAGAGCGGGUCAUGGUCCCUCACCUGCUCCCACCUCCUUCUUCUCCAGGAGUUGCUGAGGCCAUGAAGCCUCAGAAGCCAGGCCUGGGAGGAAGCGUGAGCCCUCUGAAGCCAGGAUACAUGCCGCUGGGGAACGGGCCGCAGCUCCUCCCAGGUCUCGGAGUGGGUCUGAAACCUCAGAAGCCAGGAUAUGGCAACAGCAAUGGGCUGGGGGCCCAGCCAGGUCCCUGCAGUGGUGGGGUUCUUGCCAAGCCUGCCACUCCAGGGAUCCCUUCUGAUAAAGGGGGUGGCUGGGGCCUGAGAUCCCAGCCCCCUUUCCCAGGGCAGGAUGGCAAGUUCCCAGUGCCUACUCCGGCCCUCCAGUGGGGACCGAAACCUCAGGAAGCAGGGUACCAGCUCCAGAAUGGCUACGGACCAGGAGCAGGACUGGGCUUUGGUGGGGGCCUCAGGCCCCAGAAAGUCGGUUUGGGUUACAGCAACAGCGACGGCAACGGUGGUCUGGGAGCCGGGGUCUUCCCUGAGGCCCGCCCUCAGCCAGGCCAGGCAGGCGGGGGGUUUGAGAACCAGGAAGGAGUGGUGCAUCCUGGACACCCAGCUCCAGUGGGCAGCGGUCCCAAGCUGGCUCUCCUCCUCCAGGUCAGGCUGGGGGCCUGA